AUAGCUGCUGUAACUCUUUUGGCUGACUGUUGGUUGUUGCACAUACUUUUCUUGAGAGGUUGUAACCAAUUGAAACUAUGUAUAGCUAUGUCGGUUGGAAAGGCCUGUGGGUCUUGUCUGUGAUUUUGCUAUUAGGAUGCUGUGUGACUGUCCAGGGCCAGGGGAGCAGCUCAUCAUCAUCAAGUAGCGGGGUAAUUUCAGACUUGCCCUGCGCAUCCCCUGAAGGGGAUAUCGUUCAGCAUGGAGAAAGAUACCAAAUGUCGGAAUGUUCUUUCUGCGAAUGUGACAACUCCACGCUCAGUUGCCAGUUUGAAACUUGUCCCCCGCUAACCUGCAGGAACCGCAUCAAGUUUGAGGGAGUUUGCUGCAAAGCCUGCCCCUACAAUGUGACCAUUGAAGAUGUGGUUCCAAUCGUACCUCCCGAUACCCAGAUCGAGCAGGGUAAAGUGAGUGAGAUUGCCCUAGAUCUAGAUGCGAUGUACGCCUUCAACGCUGAGGCAACAAGUGUUGCUGGACAAGGCCUUUGGACAACGAGGCUGUGGAUGGCUGAAAAUGAAGACGGUACCGGCGAGCUCUCUGGCACUGUCAUGGAGGAGGCCCUCACCGAAGGACAGCAGUCACAAGGUCUGAAGAGGAACCCUGGAGGAGUGUUCUCCAUAGAGGAUAUCAGGUAUCGCUUUGACUUGACUGAUCAUACAUGUGAAGAAGCCAAUUUCAUUUGUGCUAAAUUCAACAAAGGACCCAACCCAGAAGUGCAAAAGGACUACUUGACGUUCCACUUUACUGCCAAACCAACGAAGGACGUUUUGACUGGCUGUGUCGAAAAUGCCUUCUGCAAAACAAGUAGCGGGGUAAUUUCAGACUUGCCCUGCGCAUCCCCUGAAGGGGAUAUCGUUCAGCAUGGAGAAAGAUACCAAAUGUCGGAAUGUUCUUUCUGCGAAUGUGACAACUCCACGCUCAGUUGCCAGUUUGAAACUUGUCCCCCGCUAACCUGCAGGAACCGCAUCAAGUUUGAGGGAGUUUGCUGCAAAGCCUGCCCCUACAAUGUGACCAUUGAAGAUGUGGUUCCAAUCGUACCUCCCGAUACCCAGAUCGAGCAGGGUAAAGUGAGUGAGAUUUCCCUAGAUCUAGAUGCGAUGUACGCCUUCAACGCUGAGGCAACAAGUGUUGCUGGACAAGGCCUUUGGACAACGAGGCUGUGGAUGGCUGAAAAUGAAGACGGUACCGGCGAGCUCUCUGGCACUGUCAUGGAGGAGGCCCUCACCGAAGGACAGCAGUCACAAGGUCUGAAGAGGAACCCUGGAGGAGUGUUCUCCAUAGAGGAUAUCAGGUAUCGCUUUGACUUGACUGAUCAUACAUGUGAAGAAGCCAAUUUCAUUUGUGCUAAAUUCAACAAAGGACCCAACCCAGAAGUGCAAAAGGACUACUUGACGUUCCACUUUACUGCCAAACCAACGAAGGACGUUUUGACUGGCUGUGUCGAAAAUGCCUUCUGCAAAACAAGUAGCGGGGUAAUUUCAGACUUGCCCUGCGCAUCCCCUGAAGGGGAUAUCGUUCAGCAUGGAGAAAGAUACCAAAUGUCGGAAUGUUCUUUCUGCGAAUGUGACAACUCCACGCUCAGUUGCCAGUUUGAAACUUGUCCCCCGCUAACCUGCAGGAACCGCAUCAAGUUUGAGGGAGUUUGCUGCAAAGCCUGCCCCUACAAUGUGACCGCUGAAGAUGUAGUUCCAGUUGUACCUCCCGGCACUGAGAUCGAUCAGGGUAGAGAGAGUGAGAUUACCCUGGAUCUGAUAAUGAUGUAUUCUUACAACUCUGAGGCAACGAGUGUUGCUGGACAAGGACUUUGGACAACGAGACUGUGGAUGGCUGAAAAUGAAGACGGUACCGGCGAGCUCUCUGGCACUGUCAUGGAGGAGGCCCUCACCGAAGGACAGCAGUCACAAGGUCUGAAGAGGAACCCUGGAGGAGUGUUCUCCAUAGAGGAUAUCAGGUAUCGCUUUGACUUGACUGAUCAUACAUGUGAAGAAGCCAAUUUCAUUUGUGCUAAAUUCAACAAAGGACCCAACCCAGAAGUGCAAAAGGACUACUUGACGUUCCACUUUACUGCCAAACCAACGAAGGACGUUUUGACUGGCUGUGUCGAAAAUGCCUUCUGCAAAACAAGUAGCGGGGUAAUUUCAGACUUGCCCUGCGCAUCCCCUGAAGGGGAUAUCGUUCAGCAUGGAGAAAGAUACCAAAUGUCGGAAUGUUCUUUCUGCGAAUGUGACAACUCCACGCUCAGUUGCCAGUUUGAAACUUGUCCCCCGCUAACCUGCAGGAACCGCAUCAAGUUUGAGGGAGUUUGCUGCAAAGCCUGCCCCUACAAUGUGACCAUUGAAGAUGUGGUUCCAAUCGUACCUCCCGAUACCCAGAUCGAGCAGGGUAAAGUGAGUGAGAUUGCCCUAGAUCUAGAUGCGAUGUACGCCUUCAACGCUGAGGCAACAAGUGUUGCUGGACAAGGCCUUUGGACAACGAGGCUGUGGAUGGCUGAAAAUGAAGACGGUACCGGCGAGCUCUCUGGCACUGUCAUGGAGGAGGCCCUCACCGAAGGACAGCAGUCACAAGGUCUGAAGAGGAACCCUGGAGGAGUGUUCUCCAUAGAGGAUAUCAGGUAUCGCUUUGACUUGACUGAUCAUACAUGUGAAGAAGCCAAUUUCAUUUGUGCUAAAUUCAACAAAGGACCCAACCCAGAAGUGCAAAAGGACUACUUGACGUUCCACUUUACUGCCAAACCAACGAAGGACGUUUUGACUGGCUGUGUCGAAAAUGCCUUCUGCAAAACAAGUAGCGGGGUAAUUUCAGACUUGCCCUGCGCAUCCCCUGAAGGGGAUAUCGUUCAGCAUGGAGAAAGAUACCAAAUGUCGGAAUGUUCUUUCUGCGAAUGUGACAACUCCACGCUCAGUUGCCAGUUUGAAACUUGUCCCCCGCUAACCUGCAGGAACCGCAUCAAGUUUGAGGGAGUUUGCUGCAAAGCCUGCCCCUACAAUGUGACCAUUGAAGAUGUGGUUCCAAUCGUACCUCCCGAUACCCAGAUCGAGCAGGGUAAAGUGAGUGAGAUUGCCCUAGAUCUAGAUGCGAUGUACGCCUUCAACGCUGAGGCAACAAGUGUUGCUGGACAAGGCCUUUGGACAACGAGGCUGUGGAUGGCUGAAAAUGAAGACGGUACCGGCGAGCUCUCUGGCACUGUCAUGGAGGAGGCCCUCACCGAAGGACAGCAGUCACAAGGUCUGAAGAGGAACCCUGGAGGAGUGUUCUCCAUAGAGGAUAUCAGGUAUCGCUUUGACUUGACUGAUCAUACAUGUGAAGAAGCCAAUUUCAUUUGUGCUAAAUUCAACAAAGGACCCAACCCAGAAGUGCAAAAGGACUACUUGACGUUCCACUUUACUGCCAAACCAACGAAGGACGUUUUGACUGGCUGUGUCGAAAAUGCCUUCUGCAAAACAAGUAGCGGGGUAAUUUCAGACUUGCCCUGCGCAUCCCCUGAAGGGGAUAUCGUUCAGCAUGGAGAAAGAUACCAAAUGUCGGAAUGUUCUUUCUGCGAAUGUGACAACUCCACGCUCAGUUGCCAGUUUGAAACUUGUCCCCCGCUAACCUGCAGGAACCGCAUCAAGUUUGAGGGAGUUUGCUGCAAAGCCUGCCCCUACAAUGUGACCGCUGAAGAUGUAGUUCCAGUUGUACCUCCCGGCACUGAGAUCGAUCAGGGUAGAGAGAGUGAGAUUACCCUGGAUCUGAUAAUGAUGUAUUCUUACAACUCUGAGGCAACGAGUGUUGCUGGACAAGGACUUUGGACAACGAGACUGUGGAUGGCUGAAAAUGAAGACGGUACAGGCGAGCUCUCUGGCACUGUCAUGGAGGAGGCCCUCACCGAAGGACAGCAGUCACAAGGUCUGAAGAGGAACCCUGGAGGAGUGUUCUCCAUAGAGGAUAUCAGGUAUCGCUUUGACUUGACUGAUCAUACAUGUGAAGAAGCCAAUUUCAUUUGUGCUAAAUUCAACAAAGGACCCAACCCAGAAGUGCAAAAGGACUACUUGACGUUCCACUUUACUGCCAAACCAACGAAGGACGUUUUGACUGGCUGUGUCGAAAAUGCCUUCUGCAAAACAAGUAGCGGGGUAAUUUCAGACUUGCCCUGCGCAUCCCCUGAAGGGGAUAUCGUUCAGCAUGGAGAAAGAUACCAAAUGUCGGAAUGUUCUUUCUGCGAAUGUGACAACUCCACGCUCAGUUGCCAGUUUGAAACUUGUCCCCCGCUAACCUGCAGGAACCGCAUCAAGUUUGAGGGAGUUUGCUGCAAAGCCUGCCCCUACAAUGUGACCAUUGAAGAUGUGGUUCCAAUCGUACCUCCCGAUACCCAGAUCGAGCAGGGUAAAGUGAGUGAGAUUGCCCUAGAUCUAGAUGCGAUGUACGCCUUCAACGCUGAGGCAACAAGUGUUGCUGGACAAGGCCUUUGGACAACGAGGCUGUGGAUGGCUGAAAAUGAAGACGGUACCGGCGAGCUCUCUGGCACUGUCAUGGAGGAGGCCCUCACCGAAGGACAGCAGUCACAAGGUCUGAAGAGGAACCCUGGAGGAGUGUUCUCCAUAGAGGAUAUCAGGUAUCGCUUUGACUUGACUGGUCAUACAUGUGAAGAAGCCAAUUUCAUUUGUGCUAAAUUCAACAAAGGACCCCACCCAGAAGUCGAAAAUGACUACUUGACGUUCCACUUUACUGCUAAACCAACGAAGGACGUUUUGACUGGCUGUGUCGAAAAUACCUUCUGCAAAAGUGUGACAGUGACUUACUUGGAUUGGGAGCGCGGAGUUGGAAAGAUGAAGUAUGGUGUCCCUACAAUUCUGACAAUUGAUGCUACUGUUGGCACCGCCGCAGAGAGCAGUGAGCUGGAAGGUUCGGGCCUAUGGAAAAUGAACAUUUUCGGCAGCGAGAACAUGGAUGGCUCUGGCAAGCGUAAACCUCUAAAAUCACAGAUCCUGAGUGCUGAUGACCAGUCCAAGCCAUUGAUAUCUCCCGGCAGUCGUAUGCACUUCAUAGGUAUCUCAACGUCAUUCCCCAUUGAGGAUGUUGGCUGCGGAGAGCUAAGCUAUCUCUGCCUGGAAUUUGAAAGUGGUCAAAACCCAUCAUACGCAUUUGGCACUUCCACUGGUGAAGAUUCGUUGAUCAGUUGUAAAGCAGAAGAAUGCAAAGUCAUACUUAGGGGAGAUAACCUGUGGUGUGUGGGUCGGCCCUACGGGAGGGACUUGGUGGUUUGAACUUCACUUUGUUGCGGAGUCUUCAUCAGGGAUCAGCUGGAGAAGGAUUGGAACGCCCGUUCUCAAACUGUACCGGUGAUCGUUGUUAAAGCAUGAGUGAUAUAAUCGUAUUCUUAAUGAAAAAAAUGUUUUGCUUGUUUAACCGUUAAAACAGGAGUAGGCCUACUUCAAUAAACUUAUUUAAAAAUCGCGUUUGGGGAAAUCACUUCAGCAGAACUUAUUAAAUCUAAGGAUCCAAAAGGGCUAUCGACGUGAGGAAAUGCAAAAAUUACCCGUUUCUUCCUAAUACUUAGAAUAUGCACACCCUCAACAAAGUAAAUAUUUUAUUUGUUUGACAUGAUUUUUUUUCAUGGGAAUGGUCUCUAAAUGUUUUCCAAACACGUCUUUGUACUCAUCAUGUUGAGAAACAUUGCAGUGACCAUUCCCAUGAAGAAAACAAAUUAUGUGAAAAAAAAUGUCUACCUUGUAUAGGGUGUGCAUACAUAUUUUAGGGGGGAAAACGGUAAUUUUUAAUUUAUGCAAAUUAUGCAGAUUUCCCCUGCUUACUUUUUUCUACUUUUUGGAUAUGUUGUUUAAGAGGGUUUCACCGAUACUUUUUGGAUAUGUUGUUUAAGAGGGUUUCAGGAGACACUUGCAAAGAAAAUCAUUUGUGUUGCAAGUGUGUCUAGGAUCAAACCAUAGAUUGACAAUAGACUACUGCUUAGGGCCUAUGAUGUUACUGCCUGUAGAAUUGAUCACUUUUCAUGACGUGGUUGGGGUAGAAUUUAGUGGUAAACACCGUCCAGAUAUUGACUCUGCUUAGAAAAUGUCAUUGUUAAGCAGAACAAGUCACUGAGGAACCACUCGCACCAACUAUUAACUUUAUGAUUUUUUAUACCAGGUAAACAUUUUUCUAUGCGUAAACUAGUCAGCAUUUUUUUGUGUGCUUACAGGCUUUCUAAAAUAGGGCCAGUCUUUUUGAAACAAGUUUUAACUAGUUACCAAAACGGGUUUAAACGGGUUUAAGUGUCCUCUCUCACCUUGGUGGGUUUUUUUUUUUGCUCUGAGUGCUGCUUGUUCUUUGCUUCUGAUUCUGUGUUUGUAGUUUUUGCAAUUAAUAAAGCUUCCCGGAAUGUCAUAA